AUGAAAGGAGGAGGAGAUACAACUGAUGUCAGAAGACUUGAUCGACAACAAAGGUAUAGAAUUCCUCAUUCGACACAAGGAGGCCCUGAUGAAGAUUUAACACCUGACUACAUGAAUAUUUUAGGAAUGAUAUUUAGUAUGAGUGGAUUAAUGAUGAAGCUAAAAUGGUGUGCCUGGAUCGCUUUAUAUUGUUCAUGUGUUAGUUUUGCCAAUUCGAAAGUCAAUGAUAAUGCAAAACAAAUAUUUAGUAGUUUUAUGUUAUCAAUAUCAGCCAUUGUUAUGUCAUAUGUUCAGAAUCCCCAACCUAUGAGCCCUCCUUGGGCUGCUAGUUUUUCACCAUAA